CUUGAUUAAAUAUGGAAGCAGCAAGAAUAGGUCUUGGUCCUAACAAUCUUCAUCUGCUUUGUAAUACAAACAAGCUCUCUCUCUUUCCUCGCCGUUUGCUUCAACACAACGCUUUUUCGUCCAAGAACCCCCUAAAACACGGUUUGUCGUUACGUGUUAGGGCUACUACUGAGAGCAGUAGUGGCGAUCUCGAGAGUACUCGUCCCUUGGCUAACUUUCCUCCAUCUUUUUGGGGAGACUACUUCCUCUCCGUUCAUGUCGACGAAUCCAAAUUUGAUGCCCUAGCGACAGAGAUUGAAUCGGUGAUGCAGCCAAAAGUGAGAGUAAGGCUCUUGUCUCCUGACAGUGGCGACAAGGAGAAGAUUCGUCUCAUCCAUUUGCUUAUCAGUCUAGGUAUAGCACAUUACUAUGAGAACGAAAUCGAAGAGAUUCUAGACCAUGCUUUCAAGAAUUUGGACGCAUUAAUUAAAGACGAAUGUGAUUUGGAAACCAUCGCCAUCAUGUUUGAGGUUUUCAGAUUAUACCGGCACAAGAUGUCUUGCGAUGCUUUCGAUAGAUUCAAAGGUGAAGAUGGGAGGUUGAAGGAGAGUCUAGGCACGGAUAUUAGGGGCAUGCUACAGUUGUAUGAAGCAGCGCAUCUAAGAGCAUCAUCUGAAGAUAUAAUGGAGGAAGCGCUGAGUUUCACAAGGAAUCACUUGGAGUCCCUGGCAAAGAGUGCUAGUCCCCACCUCUGUAAGCAUAUACAGAAGCAAUUGUACAUACCUCGGUAUCUUUGCUCAGAAAUAGUAGUUGCAAGAGAAUAUAUCUCUUUCUACGAACAAGAAGAAGGGCAUGAUGAGACACUGCUCAAGUUUGCAAAGCUCAACUUCAACUUUUGCCAGCUGACUUACGUCAAAGAGCUGAAGGAUAUAACCAAAUGGUGGAGUGACUUGGAUUUUGCAACUAAGCUACCUUUCGUUAGGAACAGAUGCGUAGAGAUCUAUCUUGCGGGCUUAGCACUAUAUGUCGAGCCAAGGUAUUCAGUUGGGAGAGUUUAUGCCGCUAAACUUACAAUGCUCUUAACUUGUGUGGAUGAUAUAUGUGAUGCAUAUGCAACUGUUCCUGAAGUUGCAAGUCUUGUCGAUGCUUUCCAAAGGUGGGAUCUUUCUACCAUUGAAGAACUCCCAAGCUAUAUGAGAAUCAUAUACCGCGAAGUGUUAGGAUAUGUAGAAGAGAUUGAUCGAGAAAUGAGGGCUCGAGGAAGAUCACAGAGUGUUCAACCUACUAUUGAUGAGUGUAAAAGCCUGGUGAUAGCGUAUCUAGAGAUAGCAAAAUGGGCACGCGCAGGUCAUGUGCCAAGCUUCGAUGAGUACAUGAAGGUUGGGUUGCUCACAGCCGGAAUGGAUGACUUGGCAGCUUACGGCUAUAUAGCCAUGCACGAUGACUGUGAUGAGAAGCAGUUGAUCGAGUGGUUCUACUCCAAGCCCAAAAUCAUCCAAGCUUUGAGUUCUUAUUUUCGUAUACAAAAUGACAUAGCCUCCUUUGAGGUAGAAAUGGGCAGAGGAGAGGUAGCAAAUGGUGUCAACUGUUACAUGAAGCAAUAUGGUGUUACCAAAGAAGAAGCGGUAGAAGAAAUGGGCAAGAUGGCUGAGGAGAGUUAUAAAAUAAUGAUUAAUGAGUUCAUGGUGUCAAACAUUACAAUGCCACGGCAGAUAGUGGUGCGAAUCAUCAAUAUUGCACGUGUGAUCGCUGUGUAUUACAGGGAGGGUGAAGGAUUCACCUAUCCCGAUGGAACGCUCAAAGACCGUCUUGCCUCUUUGUUCAUCAAGCCAAUACCUCUUUAAGACGAGAACCAGUCUUUUUAUGAAUUUGUUAUUACUUUUCGAAACAGUAAAGAGAUUUGAAAGUAACAAAGAAAGUA